UCUUUCAAAAAUCAUCGUCCUUUGGUCCCUUGUUUGGUCUAGAAAUGGCAUCCACCAAAAAAAAGCUCUUAAGCUGCAUCAUGUCCUCCGCCAGUCUACUGAGCUGCAGUUGCGGCAAACCCGAAAAGGCACCAUCGCAAGCUUUGCACCGGAAAGGGCUGAAACGAGCCCCUGGAGAUACCACUGCCCUCUCAAUGGACGACGAAGAUGACGAAGACGAGGAUGAAGAAGACUACAGAUUCUCUCUUCCAACGCGACCUAACAAUCCCCCUACCAUGUCGCCUUAUUUCCCAGAAUUUGGAAUGGACCAACCCAGGGUCACCACGAGAGUGGUGAGCCCGUGCCGGAAGAUCACGAACAGUGUUGCGUUCGUGAAGGACUCGGAGGACCCGUACCGGGACUUCAGGAGGUCGAUGCUGCAGAUGAUAUUCGACAGAGAGAUCAAGUCUAGAGAAGACCUGCAGGAGCUCCUCAACUGCUUCCUUCAGCUGAAUUCGCCCUCCCACCACGACGCCAUCAUUCAGGCCUUCACCGAGAUAUGGAACAGUGUCUUCUCCGACAAGAAUAAGGCCGUGGCGCCACAUGACUAGUACGGCACAACAUUGAUCGACUUAUAUAGCGGAGAAAGAGCAGGUGCAAGAAUUUGAUUAUAUGGGGCUCACCCUAUGGCUCCAUCGUGCAGUAACAAUCUCAUGCUUCUCAUAGUUGUCGGAACGUAAAUAUUGUAAGAUAUAUCAUACAUGUGAACGCGUAAAUAAUGACGUUGCAGUUGAUAUCUAGCCAUAAUGAUAUCUACGAUAACAAAAAGUUCAUCUAUUAUUAACAGAUGUUGGUGCGACCACUUCGAGAUCCACCUUAAUAUUAUAAUUCAAUUAAAAUCAUGCCAAAA